AUGGGUUUCCCGCCAAGUACAACGAAUAAUGAGGAGCAAAGCAAUGCUGCUCUAAACUCGCCAGAGUUGUUUGUCGAGCUUGUUUCCCUUUACUUUAACUAUAUCCAUAAUAUUGCGCAUUCCGUCUUCCAUGAGCCGAGCUUCAUGCAUCGGCUCAAGCAUGGAAAGGCGCCUUUGGUCCAUGUCUACGCAAUCUAUUCUGAUAACUCAAUAUUUCGCAAUAUUCCCCCGUAUAUCCGCGGAAAGCUAUACGCAACCAAAGCAAUCAAUUAUUGCCACGAGAACAUGGUGUCUCCGGACCUGGAGACUGUACAAGGUUUUCUCUUGGUCGGAUAUUACUUCGGCGGAGAAGGAAAUACUCAUGGAAAGUACGUAUAUAUUGGGAUGGCUCGUCUGCAUGCGCAUCUCGUACCCCAUGAGAAUUUCACAACUCCGGUGCUUCGCGAGGAACAUCGUCGAACGUGGCUUUCUAUCCAGAUUGCUAGUCACUGGUCUGCUUCAGAUAUGGCCAUGGAACCUACUUCUUUCUUCUAUGAGCCGAUAUACCGACCAAAGAUUGACGACGCAGAGUUUCGUACGCCGGGCCCAGAUCUCUUCGAGGGUCCAGUUUCACCUCCUCCUCAAUAUGGCAUGUGGGCUCAGAUGGCUCAAACUUUGAACAUAUUCACCAAAAUCAACACUUUGCUACGUCGUCUCAGUCAAGAUUCGAUCCAAUUUCAUCAAUAUUGUGAAGAAGCCGCAAUUCUUGAGCACGAUCUCGAUCGUUGGGCGGAGGACUUACCCCCAACCCUUAUCUACAACUACGACAAUUUUAUGCAUAUGAUUGGGAAGAAAAUGGGACAAAUAUUUUUAUCAAUGCAUAUUGGCUAUUAUCAUUUUCGUCAGAUGCUCUUCUUUCCCUUUUUGGACUCUCGACUCACACGGUCUACUACUAUUAGCAGAGCGGCAAAAUGCAAAGAGAGCGCUACCAUCGUUUCCAAUAUUUUACGAAACUCAGAGACCACACCAGGGUGUAAGAUGAUUUACUUCAUCUAUGGACAUAUUGCAGUCAUCAGCUCCAGUGUUCAGCUCCAUACUCUGCUUUUCAGUGACGAUCAGCCGGAACGAAAUCUGGCGCGAGACGGGCUGGUAUCCAAUUUUCAAUAUCUAAUGAACCUGAAAUUAUAUUGGCGUGUUGUCGAGUAUCAUGUUCGUACCAUCACGAGUCCCCCACGAAGCAUUGCUAACUUUGUGAUACUUCAGGUCGCCCACUUGCGAAUCUUUCAGAACUCCUGUAAAGACUCAUUGCUGAACCCGUUUGCCUUGGAUAGCUGGAUGGCACGAUUUCUUACUGAGCAUACUUCGACUCUUUCACAGAGACUCAUUCAAGUUGACAAUACCAAUCUCUCCUCCCCGGGUACGGAUAUAGUGGUGACAGACCCCAUACAUCCAGUGGAAGGGAUUACGACUGCGAUUAACCCGGGUUCCCAAGUCAUAGAUACCGAGGAACUAGAGCCUGCUGGGACAGAGAUGUCUGAGAUUGGCACUACAGAUUAUAAUGAUCUAUCACGACUGAUAGGUAGCCAGGGAAUGAGUGGCCAAGCAAUUGUUGAUAGUGCUCUGAGUUGGCUUCUAGACGAUCAAUCCCAAGGAGUCCAAGAUAGUUGCUAA